AUGGUUUCACACGAGGGCGAGCAGCCGCUGAACUGCCCCAUCUGCGGCAAGACCUUCCUGAACAAGAACAAGCUGGAGAAGCACCUGAGCAUCCACACAGGGGAGAGACCCCACCUCUGCUCCAUCUGUGGCGACGGCUUCCCCUCCGCUGCCAGUCUCAAGCUCCACAUCCACAUCCACACUGGAGAGAAGCCCUUCCAGUGCUCCCAGUGCAGCAAGAGCUUCAGGUCAUCCAGCGGGCUGCGGCUGCACAGCAAGCAACACCUGGAAGUGCGGCCGAGCUACUCGUGCCCCGAGUGUGGCAGAACUUACGGCCGCAUGACAGAGCUGAAGAUGCACCAGCGCUACCACACGGGGGACAAACCAUACGCCUGCACCUGCUGCAGCAAACGCUUCAUCAGCAAAGACAAACUGAACGUUCACAUGAGGGUACACACAGGGGAGAGGCCGUACUCCUGCCCCCACUGUGGACAGACAUUCACACAGACUGGGGACAGAAACAGACACAUCAGUAAAUACCACUAG